CCCCAAUGGCUCCGCGAAGUCAUCGCCGAAUUUGUCGGGACGGGUGUGAUUGUGUAUUAUGGGUUGGCGGCACAAGCCACGUAUGCGCUCGCGAACCCGGGUGAUACGAGUCCGGCCCUCAUCGCGGGAUUCUCGUUCGCGGUGGCGAUCGCGAUUGCGGUUUUCGUUUCUGGUCCCGUGUCUGGUGGACAUUUCGCUCCUGGCCUCACUAUCGCCUUCGCGCUCUUCAAGGGAUUUCCGGCACGUAAAGUCCCAUUGUACAUCCUCUCCCAACUCCUCGGCGCAAUCGUCGCGACAACACUCUUAUACGGCAUUUUCUCCCCCUUUAACCCGUCCGUCUUCACCUCCGUCGAAGCACAACCAUACAUCUCUCCAGGCGACCCAAUGAUGGGCGGAGGCGCUAAAGUACUUAUGGAGCUCUCUGCAGACAUCCUCACCGCACUCGCCAUCUGGGCCGUCCUCGACCCCUCAAACCCAUUUAUCACACCCGCCGUCGCACCAUGGUCGAUCGGACUCAUCUUUGCCGUUACCAUUUGGAGUUUCUCGGAUUUGUCGGUUAGUGCUAAUACGGCCCGUGACACGGGGGUGAGGAUUGCCGUGUCGAUGUUCUGGGGGCCGGGGGUGUGGAGCGGGGUUAGU